UCGCCAUUAAUAUGGACCUCAAUCUCAUGGGCUUUGGGCCUGAUUCUGGCCGGCCCAAUCCUCGCAUUCGCCUCUUUCCACCUCGAUUACGGCUUCAAUCAACACCUCAUCGCUGUCGGCGCCGUCGCCGCCGGAGCACUCUCUUGUCUUCCGACCGGCGUCUUCAGAACCGUCAAGAUUUUUCCUCUUUACAUUGUUUUAAUCGUUAUUGCUCACUCGGUUGCCUUCACCUCUCACACGCGUCACCUUGGCCUCAUGCUGCGUGGCCUCGUUGGACCGACCGUCCUUAAGGCCAAAUUUGCUCAAAGAAGAACCGGGUCUGGUCUGAUUUCGUCGUGCUCCACCGCCGUUGGCGGCUUGGGCGCCGCCGCUAUCUCCGCCUUCACUUACCACAUGCUUCGACGGCAAGAGAAAGAAGGAGACGAGAACCACUUCCUCAGCCUAUGGAUCGUCACGAUCUUCGGCGGCCUGAAAUGGCUUCUAGGAAUUUUCCAUGUCUUCCUCACAAAUCGAUCACUCUCUGUAACAAUCCCUUCCGAUUCAGAGCUUCACCUUCUUACAAUUUUCAAAUAUCCUCACGCAAUCGCCACCGUAAUCUCCGCCGGAUUCCUUUCCUCCUUCACCACAAUCGCCGUCUUCAUCACCGUUUCACUCUUCCUAAUCGGCCAGAUCUGCUUCAAGCCAGUCUUGAUUCUCUAUCUAUGGCUAAUCUACUUCCUUAUCCCUCUCAUUUCCCUUCCAUUACUCCAUCAAUUUCAGAUCCGAAUCAAAGCCGACGCCUCUAAAAUGCAGAUCCUAGGGUUUAUCCUCUCCGCCGUAACUUCCGCCAUCUGUUUCUACUUCCACAACGACGCGUGGCGGCGCCCUGUGGUAUUCGUCUUCGCCGCUCUUCAAGGCACGGCGGCGGCGCUUCUUCAUUCAUACGGAAGAGUUUUGGUGCUCGAUUGCUCGCCGGCGGGGAAGGAAGCUGCGAUUUCGAUGUGGUUUUCCUGGAUGAGAGCGAUUGGCGGUUGCGUUGGAUUUACGGUCGCGGCGGUGGUCCCGGCGAGGUUGCAGGUUUCUUCCGGUGUGGCGUUUUGUUGCGCCGUCGUCGGAGGAGUGGUGUUGAUUUAUGGUAAUGUUACUGAUUACGGCGGCGCUGUGGCGGCGGGACAUGUGAAGAAUGAUAGUGAAAAGGGGUCGCCGGUGAUUGGAUUGGAGUCUCGGAGUGUGAGUAAAGAGCUUGAGUCGCCGUGAGAAAUGAGAGCGAUGGUUUAAAUUGAUUUACGAUUUUUGAUAAUUCUUUGCUCGCGUAAUAAAAGGGCCCAUUUCAAGUUUUA